AUGGCAGAAAUUCGUAAAUUUUUCAUUAAAGUUUUGUAUGAUGUCGAAGUCCGAUCUUCGACGCUAUCAUUCAUUUUUUCGGCUGUUAAUAAUUGCUUAGUAUUUAUUGUCGAACGCCGUUAUCUGUCGACUCUGAUAACUUUAUUAUUAUCAGUAAUUUUAUCAGUGUGCUCUCAUAAUUGGCAGCAACGAUGGAUAUCAGCUCAAGCUGCUUUACUUGGAGGUAUAUUUACAAAUGCAUUCAUGAUCGUUAUAACAACUGAAAAUCUUCAAAUUGCUCUUCUUUCGAUGUAUAUUGCUGCAGUUUCUUUUUUUCAUUAUGGUGAAUUUUUGGUGACAGCAAUCGCCAAUCGGCAUGAUUUAAAUUCAUCUUCAUAUCUUUUGGAUCAUUCAAAAGCAUACUGGUUUGCUCAAGGCGCUAGUUGUAUUGAAUAUGGCAUCGAAUGCUAUUUAAUACCUAUGAUAAAACUAAAUCUUAUUAGUUAUAUUGGUCUUAUUUUGGUUAUAAUCGGUGAUACGGUCCGAAAAUUGGCAAUGUUGCACGCACAAGGUGGUUUUACUCAUUUAAUUGCAAUCGAACGACGUCCUAAUCAUGAACUAGUUACAAAUGGUAUAUAUUCAUUUAUGCGUCAUCCUGGUUAUCUUGGUUGGUUAAUUUGGUGUAUCGGCACUCAAAUUGUGGUGUGCAAUCCAUUAUGUCUUAUUGCAUUUUCGUUUAUCGGAUGGAAAUUUUUUGAUGAACGGAUUUACUGGGAAGAACGAUUUUUAAUUAAAUUUUUCGGUGAACAAUAUAUUGAAUAUCAGAAAAAAGUUCCAGUAGGAAUACCGCUUAUUAAAGGCUAUAUAACUGAUUAA